AUGGAUAGGAUCAGUCUGUUGCCAGAUGAUGUGAUAUUGAAGAUAUUGUCAUCCGUUUUGACAAAAGUUGCUGUAUCAACUAGUAUUCUUUCCAAGCGAUGGCGUUAUCUUUGGAAACAUGUGCCUAAGCUUGAGUAUCAUGAUCCAUCUGGUGACAGUGAGCAUUGGAGAGCUUCGCGUUUUGUUGACAAGUUUUUGUUACUUCACGAAGCUCCAGUCUUGGAAACUCUGCAUCUCACACUUAGUCGGAAUUUUUCUCCUACAGAUAUUGAAACAUGGAUUCAUAUCGCAAUUUCUCGUGGUGUGCGCAAACUUCAUAUUUUCAGAUAUCGGCCUAGUUCAGGGCUCAUACGGUUGCCUAGGAGCCUGUAUACAUGUGAAACCCUUGUGACUUUAAACCUACAUGCAGAGUGCAUGUUCACUGUGGAUUAUGUUCCUUUGACAAUUUCUUUCCGGUCACUCAAGGCUUUGUACCUUUAUCUUGUUAAAUUCUUAAGCGAUGAGAUCAUACAUAGAAUUUUAUCGGGUUGCCCUGUCCUUGAAGAACUAAGGUUAGUGGUUAGAGGCGGCGAUGACGGCGUGAAAACAUUCACAAUUGCUGUUCCGUCAUUGCAGAGAUUAACAGCCAUAGACUUAGGCUCUCAAGUUCCCGGAGAUGAUGAUGUUGGGUUUGUGAUCAAAGCUCCUUCGCUAAAGUCUUUGUUUGUUUUGUCUCGCUGUAGUGGGUUCUGUUCACUAGCGAAAAUGCCAGACCUCGUAAAGGCUUAUAUCAAGCUUGGACAUGGGGAUUCUAAGAAGUUUAUGGGAUGUCUUACCUCAACCAAACAGCUUACCUUAUGUCUACAACCAACAAUGGGUUCAUGUCCUAUAGGCGUCUUUAAUCAGCUAGUGUCUCUAAAGCUUUGUGCAUGCUCUAUAGUUUGGUGUCGUUCUAUACUCAACCAUACACCUAAACUCCGAUUUCUCAGAGUCAUGCUACAAGAAGCAAGACUGUAUCCAACCCUACAUCUUCUCAAGAGUUGUUGGAGCAGAUCCGUAAACGUCCAAACACAAUGGGAGCAGCCGACUUCUGUUCCUGAAUGUUUGAUUUCAAGUCUUGAAGCUGUUGAGUGGAUGGGUUACCAAGGAACACAAGUAGAGAAAAAUGUGGCGAUGUAUUUGCUAGAGAACUCUCGACAGUUAAAGAUAAUGGUUAUUAGUUCCUUACAUUCGACCAAUGAUAUAGAGAAACUCAAGAUGCUGCAAGAGCUAUCGUCUACACAAAGGAUUUCUACUAAAUGUCAGCUUAGGUUCACUUGA